AUGGGGGCGGGUCCAUCGAGAUCGGUGGGUUUAGGAAGAGUCCAGAUGAUGAUGAGACACCUGGCAGCUGUUGGUGUAACGUAUGCCCAAACUGCCCUUGAAGAUGCUGCUUGGAACCUGUGGCUUGUAAAUCCUUCUCAGGCCAGCACAUCUACAUCUACUUCUUCUUCAAACAAUCCAAAUCCUUCCACAAGUACUGUAAGACACCUAGGAGGACACACUACUGGGGGUGGGGGUGGGUCCCUCAUCAGAACCAUGCCACCUCCACCUGUCCCGGAUGUUGACUUUUCAAACAUAAUCGCCAUGGUUGAAACCGUCCGUGAAGUCCUUCCCCAUGUCCCUGAUGAAAUAAUAUUACGGGGAUAG